AUGCUGUUUUGGGGCUGCCUGUGCGGCAGCCGCACGCCGAACGAAAAGUUAUGCCCACACGCGCGGACGCCAGAUGUCACGUCCCGCAACCCGCUGCGCCUGGGCACGCCCACUGCGCUCGGUGGGGGCGAUAUCGAGCUCUGUGACUACGACGGCUCCACGUCGAGCCUCUUCCAUACCGUGGGCAUCGAUUGCAGGGGCGCUGGUGCUCCAGACGCAGCCACAACGCUCGGCGACGCGUUGUCGCCUCAGCUUAUCGUGACCAUAUUUCGCCUUCUGGAGCCAGCGGAUCUUCUGCAAUUUAGGGCAGUGUGUCGUGCGUUCAAUGACGUGUUCUUAUCCUUCGAGGUGCAGCAGUCGCUGGCGGUAAGCUCCUCCCGCACCGCUCUGGAGCCUGCGCUGGGUCACGACACCUUAGCAGGAGUGAUACGCGGUCGCGAGGCAAUUGUGCGCCGCCGAGAGCUUAUGUGGAAUCAAUGGGCGAGGAACUACAUCAGGACAAGACACAGUAACACUGUGGCGGUGGGUGUCUUGCACCGAAUGAAGCUUGAGGGCAAAGGGCUACGCGUGCAGCUUCAGUGGGCGCGCGAGUCGUGCCGCCGCGCCGUGGAGGAGUGGCUGGGUCACCAGGCCGACUGCCGCCGUGCGCAGUACAACAUCCGCCGUAACUGGUUCAACGUCGCCAACUUCAGCUGCAAGGUUGGCUGCGGCGUUCCCCCUAUUAUCCUGCCUGAUGGGACACUGUGCAUCAACGACCCGCCCGACACUGUUAUCCUGUAUGUUCGACGAGAUCGCUAUAUGCUCCCAUGUCUCACGCGGCACAACACGACACAUCCACUUUCACGAUCACGCGAGACUCUGCAAGACGUUUGGUCUGUCCUUCAUAAAAUCCGUUUUAGUUUUCCCGUGAGUCACACGUCGUAUGAUCCGUACAUGGAUGUCCUCAACGUUACAACCGUGAAGGGUGAAGGGACAACGUGGCGAGUGCAUAGCGGCGUAGUUGAGAAUCUAGAGAGACGGCUGGAGGUGGGCGUUGAGCACGAGGCGCCACCACCGCUGCGCAAUCCGCGGAUGAUUGACUCUUCCAACGGCUCUUACCCGUGCCGCGUCGAGCUUUUGACGCAUUACAGCGUCGCAGCCAAUGUACUCUCUACUUUUGGAGUGAAUAGUAGGGACGCACUCGGGCUGCAGGACUGCGAGUGGAAGGAGGAGGAGAUCCUCGCCAUCUCUAAUGUGCAGAGUAGUGGUCAUCGCGAUGUUACUCGUAGUGAUAGCAGUGAUGAUGGUAGUCAUGGUUGGAACAGGGGACACAUCUUUGUUGUCCAGCAUGAGAGGGAUGUUACUGAUUCGGUCAUGUCGAUGCGUGGCGAAUCCGAUGCACAAUUCACAGGAAAGGACAUGCUCGAAUUGAUCAAACUGCAGCGAGGGAUGGCGUCGAGGUGCUACAAUGAAGACGGGGGCGGAGAAAAUCACGACAACACGCCUGUUACUUUCGUGGAUGCACAGAACGAUGCACCUGCACCUUCAGGUAACGUGUUUCAGAGAAACGCUGGUGAAGCAACAUCUGUUUUUGUUCCCGGCCUUGAAAGACUUCUGAAGACGACGGCAACAACAACAGCAGCAACGACUGUAGUGGACAUGCGGGACGCAGCUGCUGUCGAAGCCACAGCCGCUCAACGUGUGGUGGAACGGCAGGUAUUUGGGGUGUUCAAUGAGCGCUCCACAUUAGUGUGUGCGUCGGCUACCACGCGCGAGGUUGCCGUUUACGUGCAGAGCAUGUAUUCCUGUGUGACCCUCGGUGUAUGCUACGCCAGGGACGUUCACCGGGUGAGGAUUCUCACUGCACCUGUCUUUCGCCUCUGCGAUUCGACUCCAUUUGGCAACACCGACGAGGGAGAGGUCCUCGUCGCCUGUGCGACACCUAAAAGCGUCUUCAUUUGUCGACAAGUGCUGUUUCGAAGUUUCAGGCAGGCGGAGCGGUGUGUCUGGGACGACGACGAAGAUGAAGAAGAAGGCAGCGAGAAUGAUGGAACGCGUCGUAACGGCAGCCGCGCCUCUGGGGGCAGGCAGCGUCACUGCACGCGCUACUUCCUGAAGGGCUACUACUACCACUCCCCCACGGUUGAACUGGUGUCGCUGAUGGAAAUUGGCUCGGUCUCGAUAGCCCCACUGUUGGUACCGCGCCCGUGGAUGCCGCAGCAUGUGCAAGCGCUUGCACUUUGGGAGAGAGGCAACGCAGAUUCGUCGCCGCAGCACAAACAGCCGCCGCAUUUCAGUUCCUGGUGGUACCCACUGCGGGAUGGGCAUCCUCACCUACGUCAGCCGUUUCUUCUUUACACGUCAAAGGGUCUGCCAUACAUUGCUUUCCAACGUGAGUACACAGCGGAGGAGCAUAAGGUCCUCGCGCUCGAGGAUCGGCCCCUAUUCUAUGAAGUGGGUGUGCUCGACGGUGUCCCCAUGUUGGACUUCCACGUGAAAACGGCAACUCUCUCACCAGCGCACGCCUUUUUUGUUCUGGGGCUGAGUAACGGCGCGAUUCUUCUCCUCUCUCCAUCAAUUGCGGACUCUGAGCGUUGCAGGGGGUUUCCAACAGACACGAUGCCGCCGGAUACGCGGCGGCAUCAGUCACAUCAGUUGGCGCAUCCGCAACGCAGCGUCACGCUUGACGAAGAAAGAGAAGAAGAGGAGGAGGAGGAUGAAAGGUCCGAUUCUGCAGGAAACGUGGCGCCACAGCCACCGCCCAGAGGUAACCCGAACAGAGAUGGAAUCGGGAAUGAAGAAAGCAGCAACAAUGUAGAUGACGACGAUGUGGAGGAGGAAGAUAAUGACGACCCAUCUGUGUUCUAUGUGCAGCCUGGAGAGCAGCGGGAGACAGCGAGCCGGCUCUGCCGUGCUACGCUGCGGCGGGCGAACAUAGUGCGCAUGCAGAACCGCGAUAAGGGGCGACGCUGCCUCUACGACUUCACCUCAACUCAGCUGUUCGGCAACGGAUUUAAAGAGGAUACUUACAUUCGUAAACUGCAGCAAGGCGUCUCGUCCGUCUACGUGUUGUUCGAACCCAUAGUGCCAUGGCAAGGCAUGCCGUUCCACUCGGUGUGGAUUCUGCCACCAGUUCUGCAGGACAGUCAAGUCCAGGACACAGCUCACUGGGCCAUGCACCUGGAUGAGUGGAAGCUGACCACACUCAAUUUUUCCUACGAAGUGGUUGUAUAUGACCUUACACUGCGGCCAGGAAAAAAUGGCAAAGGGUUUGUGUUUCCGCCACUGAUAAGCCUCAGUCCGUACAAGCAUCAUCCGCUGAGUUGCACUCUCAUCCCGUCGAAAGAGGGCACAUGGCUGUGCGCACGCAUCCGCAACUUCCAUCGAAGCGUGGCCAAAUGGCGUUCAAAUGGGUCAGAGAUUGUUUGGCAUAACGGCCUGCUUCUCGUGAGCAGCACCUCAGAUGGAAACAGAUACUCAAUCAUUGAUUUUGACACUGUGUUUCGAGACCCUGAUGCCAAGGGUGCACACAACAGCGAGCCUGUAGCAUACUCAGCAACGCAGAAAGAGUACCGAGCGGAUAUGUCCAGUGUUACGCUCCCUAAUAUACCUUCCAAGGGAAACGUUAUGAACGUUCCGCGUCACUAUCCGUUAUUGUUUCGGAGGCACUUUGUGUUUUUAUUCGGGCUCGUGAUGUGUCCUCUAAUAUUCCUGUGCGCGUCUGUUGGGAUCACUCUCAUGAUGAUUCGCUUGGAUGGUUAUAUUGGCAUGCCGCACUGGAUUCCGUUGCUCAUUUGUUCCCCUCUUCCGUUGGGUAUAUUGUUCAAAGACGUAAUGGGGUAUGACCAGUACUUCUUGAAUGGUUGCGGUUUGCCUUUCUUCGCCCAUCUCCUCACCGAUGUGUUGUUGUUUGUCGUGUUCCCAAGUCUCUUCGUAUUGAAGCAUGACGCAUACGAUAUGUUUCAUCCGGCUUGGGUUUUGCUGUCGAUACCUCUGGUCGUUUCCUUUGCCCUCAUGUCGGUUCCCUCCUUGUACCUCGCUGCGCGCCAGCAUGAGACGUGGCUUUUUCAGGUGAACAGGUCAGCGCUUCUGGACCACCUUGUGCAUUUUCUCUUUAUGUGUUUUUUUGUGUUGAUUUCGUUUUACUUUGAUGGGCCAUCUGAAAAGAACGAAGCGGAGCCGAAGUUGAACCUUAUCAUAGUCUUUCUACCAUUUUUCUUGGUGCUGGCGAUCGCCGUGUGUAAGGUUAUCAAGUCAUUCCGGAAGAUGCGGAACGUGGCCUAUCUUGCUUUUCUGUUGUGUUGGCUGGUGUUCGCUUCUAUCCCAUCUUCCCUCUUCAUAAUGCAGUUCAACUCGUAUUACGCGUCACUUUCCCAUUUCAGCAGGACCUAUCCCCCGUCGGUUGUGCAGUCGUGCUUCGCGAUUCCAUUCCUCUUCCUACUGGGGGCAAUUUACCUCGCUUUUCCUGCCUUCAUGGUGUGUCGCAGAAUGUAG